AUGAGGCGGCUGCUCGCCCACCUACACCCCCAUGCCCAGAGCCUCCUCGCUCCCCUGCCUCGCAAACCCGCCAUCGCCACCAAUCUCCCCAUCCUCCUUCCCCGCCGCCUCCUUUCCGAUGCCGCCUCGCCUCCUGUCCCCUCGCUGCCGCCUCCUCCCCCGCCCGCUGCCGACGUCUCGAACACAGAGUUGAAGAAGAGGUUGGAGACUUACUAUGGGGUGGAUGAAGAGGCAGAGUUACCAUCCGUCGCUGAGGCUGUCCUUGAGCGGAAUCUCACGGGUGCCCAUAGUGAGACUGAUGAUGACCUUAUUGAGGAGCUGCGUAGUAGUAAGCCACUCCCUGAAGUCCGUGACCGAGACUUUGAGUCUGAUUUUGAGGAGAUGCACGAUACUGAUGAGGAGCUGAAUGACCUCUACAAUGCGAGGCAAUAUGUUGAGAAGAAGAUCAAGAACAAUGAGUUGUUUAACAUGGAUGACUCCAAGUGGGAUGCCUGGAUGAAUGAGGCCACAGACAAGGGCUGCUUUACUAACAUGAAGGUGUGCGAGGGAAUCUUGGAGGACAUGCUCUACUGGGACAAGUUACUGCCUGAUGAGAUCAAGCAAAAGGUGGAGGCCAAAUUUAAUGAGUUGGGAGACAUGUGUGAGAGGGGAGAGAUGGAACCUGAGCAGGCAUAUGAGUUGUUCAAAGAAUUUGAGGACAGGAUGGUUGCCGAGUGCACUGAACUAAUUGAAGCAGAGACGCCAACUGAUGCUGAUGAACUGACUGAAUCAGGAAGUAAGAAAGUUGAGUUAGAUGAUCUACCUGGCGAGGGACCUGUUCUAAGGUGGGAAUCACGGAUUGUGUUUGCUCCUAGUGGCGAUGCAUAUCAUCCCAAAAACAGAAAAGUAAAACUCAGUGUAACUGUGAAGGAACUGGGACUUUCACGACAUGCUUUCCGUCGGUUGCGUGAGGUUGUUGGAAAGAGGUAUAAUUCUGGGAAAGAUGAGCUCACAAUAAUCAGUGAAAGGUUUGAACAUCGGGAAGAGAACAGAAAAGACUGCUUGAGGACACUGUAUACUCUAAUAAAAGAUGCAAUAAAAGCUGACAAACUUGUUGAGGAUGCCAGAAAUGCUUAUGUUAAAGGAAGACUUAAGGCUAAUCCUCAAUUUAUGGAACGAUUGAAGAGGAAGACAGAGAAAUUGAUGGCAGCUGCAUAA